GGUCUGAGGGGGGGCCUGUCUUUGUCUUAAGGGACCUGUCCUGGUCUUGGAAAGCCCAUCUUGGUCUUGGGGGGCUUGUCCUGGUAUAAGGGGGGCCCAUCCUUGUCUUGGGGGCCUGUCCUGGUCUUGGAGGACCCAUCCUCAUCUAAAGGUGCCUGUCCUGGUCUGGGGGAGGCUAUCCUGGGCUGGGGUGCUAUCUUCGUUCGGGGGGUCCAUCUGAUCUUAGGCAGACUGUCCUUGCCUGAGAGGCUGUCCUGACCUACGGGUUACAUUCCCUGGAGAUAGAGUGUCAGGGGGUCCCUGUGUUCCCGCUCCCUGCCUAUCCUCUGCUGUUCCUGUCAGGUGGCCCAUGGCCAAGGUGUGCUUAGAGACAUAGGCUGGGUCCUGUCUGGGUCUGGGCGGUCACCUGUCUUCUCUGAGGAUAUGUCUUCCCUCCUUAAAAUGGCCUCAUAUCUCUCCACCGCACACAAUUUCAUGGGGAUCUUUACUCUCACCACAUGCCCAGGAGCCAGGACAGGACCAGCAUGGUCUCUGUGGUCCACUCAAGUUGGCAGGGUUUGCAUUCUUAGGGGUCACACGAUAUGACACCGAAUCAUAUGCACCUCAGUGCUGGAGACCUUGGCAUGCAGUUUCUGCCAAGCAAGAAGCAGGCCCAGUGUGACCUGGCAGGGUGCCUGAUGACCCUGCACAUGGGUGUGGCCUAUGGCAGCUUGCAGGCUGGGGCCUCUUGCUGGCCCUUCACGACAUAAAAGGGUGUGGAUGCCUUGGCUGCCAAGCUGGAGCUGUCCUGAGCCCCAUGCAAAUGGCAUUUGGUGUUCAAUUUCCUGCCUACGGCCAUCUGUGACCCACUAAAGCAGUGGUUCUCAACCUUCCUAAUGCUACAGACCUUUAAUACAGUCCAAAGGGGUCACGACCCGCAGAUCGAGAACCACUGCACUAAAGUACUUCAAAAUCAGAUUACAGAAAUCCAAGUUUGGGUUUUAUUUAUUUAUUUAUUUAUUUUUGUUCGAGACACAGUUUCACUCUGUCACCCUGGGUAGAGUGCCAUGGCAUCAUCAUAGCUCACAGCAACCUCUCUUGCCUCAGCCUUUUGAGUAGCUAGGUUUUUUUUUUUUUUUUUUGUAGAGACAGAGUCUCACUUUAUGGCCCUCGGUAGAGUGCCGUGGCCUCACACAGCUCACAGCAACCUCCAACUCCUGGGCUUAAGCGAUUUUCUUGCCUCAGCCUCCCGAGUAGCUGAGACUACAGGCGCCCGCCACAACGCCCGGCUAUUUUUUGGUUGCAGUUUGGCGGGGGCCGGGUUUGAACCCGCCACCCUCGGUAUAUGGGGCCGGCACCUUACCGACUGAGCCACAGGUACCGCCCCUUGAGUAGCUAGGUUUUAAAUAGAAACCAGAUGUCAUUAUUAAGAAGCCACUGCAUCACAGUCCUUUGAUAGAGAAGAGCCCUCAGCCUGGGUUCACAUGUGGCCCUAACCCCCAGUGGCUUCCCCCCUGCCCUGGAGAGGCUGGGAUGGGGGCCACAGAGCCCUGGCAUCUUCAGAGUCCAGAGCUGGGCUCCUGCUCCACGGAGAUAAGGCACAGGGUUCGCCCAGGUAACACAGGGGCCCACAGGGGCUGCCUUUGCCACAAACCAUACAGGCUUUCUGGACCUUGCUGAGGCUGUACCCCCAGACCAGGUCCCCGCUGCCCCUGGGACCCUGGGCAGAAGGUUCCCACAGUGGGGUGCUCGGUCUGCCCACUGAGCACCCCCAGUCACCAAACGCACCAAGGGGGACUGCCCAAGCCCCAGGGCGACACCCAGGGUGAAUGGCUUUCCAGGACAGGCAGUUGCAUCUCAAUGGAGACAAGGUGCCCCUCUGGAGGGCUGGUCAGGGGCAGCAGGUAGUCUGGUGCCCACAGCUGACCCCUUCCCCUGCAGGAGCAGCCCUGCCCUCACCAUGGGACUGACCCAGAAGGAGCAGGUCUUCACAGCCCUGCUGGGGGCCGCAGUGGCCUCAGGACUCACAGCGCUGGUCCUUGUCCUAGUGGAGGCUGCCAACGUCCUCCUGCCUGCAGGCACCAAGUUUGGGAUUGUGAUUGACGCUGGCUCCUCCCACACGUCCCUCUUCGUGUACCAGUGGCCAGCGGACAAGGAGAAUGGUACGGGUGUGGUCAGCCAGGCCCUGGCCUGCCAGGUGGAAGGGCCUGGAAUCUCCUCCUAUGCAUCUGAUCCGGCACAGGCUGGCGAGAGCCUGCGGGGCUGCCUGGAGGAGGCACUGGCACGGAUACCAGAGGCUCAGCAUCAGGGGACACCCAUGUUCCUAGGGGCCACAGCUGGCAUGCGGCUACUUAGUCAAAAGAACAGCUCCCAGGUGGAGGACAUCUUUGCAGCGGUCACCCGGGUCCUGGGCCAGUCUCCUGUGGAUUUUCGGGGCACUGAGAUCCUGGAUGGGCAGGAUGAAGGUGCCUUUGCCUGGGUCACCGUCAACUAUGUUCUAGGGCUGCUCAUCAAGUUCUCAUUCUCUGGAGAAUGGACCCGGCCUCCAGAGGGGAUGCUUGUGGGUGCCCUGGACCUGGGGGGGGCCUCCACCCAGAUCGCCUUCAUGCCUGGGGGCCCCAUCGAGCAUGAGAGCACCCUGGCCACCUUCUGGCUCUACGGCUCCAGCUACCGCGUCUACACACAUAGCUACCUCUGCUUUGGGCGGGACCAGGUGCUGACCAGGCUCCUAGCCAGGCUGGUGCAGAGCAGCUCAGAUGGCCUGGUCCGACAUCCCUGCUACCACAGUGGCUACCGCACCACACUGACCGCAGGCACCCUGCAUGAGUCCCCAUGUGUCCAUCCUAUGGCCCCCCAGAACCUCACCCAGAAUCUCACAGUGGAAGGGAUGGGCAACCCUGGGGCCUGCAUCACAGCCAUCCAGGAACUCUUCAACUUCUCCAGCUGCCAGGGCAAAGGGGACUGUGCCUUUGACGGGGUCUACCAGCCCCCCCUGCAAGGCCAGUUCUAUGCCUUCUCCAACUUCUUCUACACCUUCGACUUCCUGAACCUCACGUCCAGGCAGCCACUGGGCACUGUCAACACCACAGUGUGGAAGUUCUGCAAGAUGCCCUGGAAGCUGGUGGAGGCCAGCUACCCUGGGCAGGCCCGCUGGCUGCCUGACUACUGUGCCUCAGGACUGUACAUCCUCGUCCUCCUGCUGGAGGGAUUUGGGUUCAGCGAGGAGACCUGGCCCAGCAUCGAGUUCCAUAAACAGGCUGGAGGCAUGGACAUCGGCUGGACGCUGGGCUAUAUGCUGAACCUGACUGGCAUGAUCCCAGCUGAGGUGCCGGCCCAGUGGCGGGCAGAGAGCUACAGCAUCUGGGCGGCCGGAGUGGCAUUUGUGGUGCUGACCCUGGUGGCCAUUCUAGGGGCAGCUAUGGUCCAGCUCCUCUGGCCCCAGGACUAACCCACCCAUCUGGCUUCCCAGGGCAGUGGGUGCCUUUCUGCAGUACCCCAAGGCCGUGUGCAGGGGCCUGUGUAAAGUCUGUCUCGGGGCCCACUGAUGUAGCAGGGAGGAGCUUGAGAACUGCAGCCAGAAGGACGCAUGGGCCGCUCAGGGCUGGAGGGACCUGGUUGCUGUAGUUGUCUGACUGACCAGAUGGACAGAGUCCAGGCACUGUGGUGCCUCCUGGGGCAGCCCCUCCCACGCCCUCUUGGAAGCUCUGGUCAGGCUCCUGUCAGUCACUUAGCCUGGGAUGUGGACCACAUCAUGUGGGGGUAUUUUUAUUAAAAACUCUU